UUGUCUGAUUGGCUGGAAAUACGAGUAUCAUGAAAAUCAAUUGGCCUAAGUGCUGUGCACGCUGAGCCCAUGUCGAUGUUUUGCUCGUCCGUGCCGUUCUCUUAAGACAUCCACGGUCUGUGCUCGUCGUUCAAUACUAUCUUUGGCAUAAAUUACACGCGUGUAAGCAUACACUACAUUUGUGAAAAAAUGGCAGCUGGCAAAUAGAGGGAAGUGUGAGGAUCUUCACUCGGAAAAAACACGACACUUAACACAACUACACCGGCAUAGCAGCAGACCUGGUCACCAUUGGUCGUCACCACAGACGUGUCACCAUUGGUCAGCAGUCACCAUGGGAAAAACUACACUAAAAGAUCAGAAAGACGUUAAAAGAGAGAAACCAGGAAGAAUGGUUCCUCUAUCAGGUACAACCCAUGCAACAACUAAAGAUGCUUUCAGCUGGGAAGAAUAUCUAAAAGAAACGUCUUCUUUACCUGCUCCACCAGGCUGUUUUCGUCAGGCUAGAGUCCCGCCCUCCAACGACUUCAAGGUGGGAAUGAAGAUUGAAGCCCAUGACCCGCGCAAUUCCACUUCAGUUUGUAUUGCCACCGUGAUGGGCUUAACUGGGGUUCGUCUGCGUCUCCGUCUGGACGGAAGUGACAACAGCAAUGACUUCUGGAGGCUCGUAGACUCCUCGGAUAUCCAGCCUAUUGGCACUUGCGAGAAGAACGGAGACAUGCUGCAGCCACCGCUGGGAUUUCGGAUGAAUGCCUCCUCAUGGCCCAUGUUUCUGUUGAGGACUUUAAAUGGAGCCGAGAUGGCGCCAGCACUUGCCUUUAAAAAGGAACCUCUGAGGCCCCCCCAGAACCACUUCAAGUCUGGCAUGAAGCUGGAGGCCGUGGACAAGAAGAACCCGUACCUCAUCUGCCCCGCUACCAUUGGGGAAGUGAGGGGCGAUGAGGUCUUCAUCAUGUUCGAUGGGUGGCGGGGUGCCUUUGAUUACUGGUGCAAGUAUGACUCCCGGGACAUCUUCCCUGUGGGCUGGUGCUCCCUCACGAAGCACAGCCUCCAGCCGCCAGGCAACAGUGUUACCCUGCCAAAGAACCUGCAGAACCUUCCGGCGUCACCCUCCAAGCCUAGCAGGCGUUCCAUGCAGUCCCCCUACAGACUCCCCAACCCUCUGCCCCCUUUGCCUGUCAGGAAGGGGGUAAGAGGCCGUCGGCCCAAGAGUGAGACCAUCGCUCUACUCAAAGCUGUGGCCGAAGCAGCCGCUGCUCAAAACGGAACGGUACCUGAGAACACACAGCUCGGACCCCGGCCCCAUAAGAAGAGAGGCCCCAAGCCUGGAAGCAAGCGGAAGCCCAAGCUGCUCCAAAGCCCGGCGCAGCUGCCCAGCAUCCAGGUUCCACAUGAAAGCCCCCCCAGCCUCAACUCUGUGGUUUCAACAGUGUGUGUUUAUGUAAAUAAGCACGGAAACUGUAGUCCCCACCUGAACAGGAAGCAGAUGCAGCAUCUGCCAGACCACUUUGGCCCGGGGCCAGUGAACGCUGUGCUCCAGCAGGUGGUCCAGUCAUGUGUAGACUGCGCAUACCAGCCUAAAGUCCUCCUCAGUGCUCUGCAGACUCAUUCAGGAGGAGGAGAGAUUGUCCGAGUGAGGACAGAUGGUGGAGUGUGCAUGGUCAAACUCCCAUCAGCCUCCAGUGCUUCCUUUGUGCUGCGGUUCUUGGAGACUAUGUGUCGUCACCUGCAAUGUGACAACCUGUUCAGCAGCCAGCCGUUCAGCCACUACACUGCUUAUGACAGGACCAAGUCAGCCCAUCCUUGUUCCUGUGUUUCAGUGAAAGAAGAGGCGUUGGAUGCGCCAUCUCUGGCUCGGGGGAGUAAACGGAGUCUCUCUGGAGUCUCCCCAACAUAUGCGGCCCCUCUGUCACCUAAACAUUUACGUACCGAAGCUCACCCUUCAGAAGCAGAGACCCUGCCCCAUCAAGAGAACAACCUAAUAAAGGAGCAACGCUACAUGGACUCAGCCUCCAACUCCAUGACCCCUCGGCCCCAAACAGUGCGCAGCUCCUCAGAGUACCACGCUCAGGCCAGCAGCCCGUACCACCCGGGCAAAGCCAUGCGCCGUCUCUCCUCCAACCCCGCCGAGCUCAGCUCCACACAGCCUCACAGACGGGUCGAAGCAGCCAGCUCCACCACAGGCCCUGAGGCAUUGGUGUCUGAGCGGGAGAGUUUGCCGCUGCCCAGUAAAAACCCCUCCUCCUGGUCCAUUGAAGAGGUCAUGCAGUUUGUGAGGGGUGCUGACCCAACAGCGUUAGCCCCACAUGCUGAACUAUUCAGAAAACACGAGAUUGACGGAAAAGCUCUGAUGCUGCUACGGAGCGACAUGAUCAUGAAGUACAUGGGUCUGAAACUGGGGCCUGCACUGAAGAUAUGCCAUCACAUAGAGAGGCUGAAACAAGGCAAACUGUAAGAGGAGCCGGGGCAGCCCUGUCCCUGUCAGACCCAUGAGCAAUAAGCCCUGAAGGAGCCAGCGUGCGGACAGUGACUCAUGGGGCAUGCAGAGGGCGACAUGUAAAUCUCGACUCCACCUCAGGGGACUGAAUAGAUGUUACACAACUUCAUCCCAACUUCCAGAGUGGAGAAAGUGUGCUGUGCAUUGCUGACACAUUACCUCAUCCCCUCAUCCGUGAAUGAAAAGCUGUUCAAGUCUAACAGACGGCUAUUUGACUAUUAAUGAAAUCCCAAAGGAAAAGAAUCCCUGUAGUGUUUACAUUGCAUAGCACAUGAGCACACGAGGACACUUUUUUUUUUUUACGGAGAUGAAAUCUUUUGAUCCUGGUUUUGGAUCCCCAAAGAUGGAGAAUGUUUCUUCUUAUAUAAUGUUUUUACUCUUGAUGUAUAUUUCCACUUAAUAAGGAAGGGUUGGUAUACUGAAAAAACU